UGCGGGCCGGCUCGGGCGCGGAGGAUGAAGUGGAGCGUCCGCGGGGCCUGCGCCGCGCUCUCCUCCUGCCUCCUGCUCGCCUGCGCGCUCAGUGCCGCCGCCGUCGGCCUCAAGUGCUUCUCGCUGGGCUCGGAGCUGCGCGGGGAGCCGUUCCGGCUGGGGGCGGCCGCCGGCGCCUUCUACUCCGGGCUGCUGCUGGCCGCUGGCCUCUCGCUGCUUGGCGCCGCCCUGCUCUGCUGCGGGCCCCGGGACGCGCCUCUCGCGGGGCCGGGGCCGGGCCCGGGGCUCGGGGUUCCCGCGGCCCCAGCAGGGGCUCCAGAGGCCGCGCCGGGCGAGCCGGGUAGCGCACCCGGGCCUUCGGGGCCGGUGAACAGCCAGAACCUGCUCCUCCUCGGCGUUCUCGUCUUCAUGCUCGGGGUCCUCAGCGCCUUCGCGGGCGCCGUGAUCGACGGCGACACCGUGUCCCUAGUGGAACGCAAGUACUCCCACUACUGCCUGCCCCCCCGCGCGCCGGCCGCCGCCACCGGCCCGGCCCCGGGCACCCCGGCCGCCGUCCCCGGCCCGGCCCCCGGCGCGUCGCGCGUCCGCAGCACCCUGGACAGCGCCACGUCCGCCAAGUGCCGCCAGCUGAAGGACUACCAGCGUGGCCUGGUGCUUUCCACCGUCUUCAACUCGCUCGAGUGCCUCCUGGGCCUGCUCAGCCUCCUGCUGGUCAAGAACUACAAGUCUUCGCAGGCCCGGCGAGGCCGGCGCGGCCGGCGAAGGGGAGGCCGGGCCCUGGCGAGGCCCCGCGGCGGCCCGGGGGUUCGCACGCAGCCGCCGGCCUCCCGUGCGCGGCGGGGCCGGCGGGGCCGACGGGGGCGCCGACUGCAGCCGCGGCCGAGCGAGGCUUCCAUUCUGUCCCCGGAGGAGUCGGACUUCGCCGCCCCAGGAGACUGCGCGGGUUUCGCAGCGCACCACGCGGUCUCCUAUAUCAACGUGGGCGUCUUCCACGCGUUUGACGAGGCGGGCGUGGAGGUGUGCUGCGGAGGGCACCCGUCUGUGGAGCUGCCAGGGUACGCGCCCUCGGACCCCGACCUCAACGCCUCCUACCCCUACUGCUGCCGGCCGCCCUGCGAGGCGGCGCGCCCCUGGGAGCCGAGCCGGGCCAGCUGAGCUCUCCGGGCCGGUACGAACUGACCAAGCCCGCCUCCCUACCCGGCCCCCGCAGCGAGGGAGGACAGGGCCUCGCGGGGCGCAAAGCCAGGCCGCUCUGUGGCGUUGCAUCUUCCGGGGCAGUCUGGCCCAGCGCCUCGGAGGGCUCCCCGCCACCAGACUGGUCCUCCAGUAUUAUCAUUUCUGUGUCUGGGAGGUUUCUCUUCUUUUCUGUGUCUGUUCAUAUCCGGAUUCCAUUUUAAAGUUUACAAUAAAUGUUUUGGGGUUGGCUCGCCCCCACCGCACUUCUCUUUGGCAAGUCAGUUCCGGGCGCCCUCUGAGGCCCCGGGUGGGAGCUCACCCUGCGAGCGUGAUUCUGCGGCGGGAGGAACCCUCGCUGAGAGGACAGAACGGCAAAGCAGCUGGUACUUCGGGAAGGAGGUGGAAGCGCAGCAACAGCACCACUUUGUACACGGAUGUGCCUGCUCUUGUUGGUACUUUCUUACUGUAAAGCUCUCCAUAAACGGUGAACAUGUUUGGUAAAUUUAUUGCAAUUUAAAAUUGGUGAGUUCCUUUAUUAAAUUAAUUGCUAUGUUAUUGGAAAUAUUCAUCAAAUUAGGGUUAGAGGAUGUCUACACACAAAUCAGUUUGGGGAGAAUGGUUUAAUUUGGUCAGACAAAUGUUGAGUUUGAACAGCUGUAUUCUGCUCGCUGGUUGACUAAAUCCAACCUCUUUCUGAGGCUAACUUUCUGUGUGUA